AUGAGCCCGUUUGGCCCAUGCUUCCAGUGGAACGCUCGUCGGAGAAGGGAAAGCCAACAACACACCCGAAAAAAAAAAAACACCCGGAAGUCCACCGCAGCCGUGCCUGAAUACUUCGCCGCCGCCCGCCCGCCCGCCGGGCGGUUCUCCAUCAGUCCUCAGCCCGCCGCCCCUCCCAGCCGCCUCCGCUGCAUUUCCUCAGCUCGCGAGCGGCCGGUGGUGAUGUCUGGCCUCGUCCCCAACCCCCCGGCUCAUGGGCCGACGCCGGCUGCGGUGCCGGGCCCCGACUGCGAUCCCUCCGCUCGGCAACUGCCGGUUACUCCGGGCCGCGUGCCCGGCGCCGUUGUCAAUCAACCGCCCUCCACGGUGCCCCGCGCCGUCGGUGAGCCCUCCGCUCAUGAACCGCCUUCUGACACAACCUCAGCACAUACGGUAACUGCUCAAGGCGUUCAAACUAAUCAUGCACCAAAAGUGGGGAUGUCAUUUCGGACAGAGAAAGAGGCGUACGAGUUCUACAGUUCCUAUGCUAGGAAUGUUGGGUUCAGUUUCCGAAAGGGCCACUCGAAAUCGAGGGCCGAUGGGACUCUUUGCUCCAAAUAUUACGUUUGCAGCAACGAAGGGCAGCCAGUAGCGAGUGUGGCCAAGCCUGGGCGGAAACAACGCCCUUCGACAAGGUCUGAUUGCAAGGCUCGUGUUCAGUUCAAUGUUAGUCGAGAAGGUGUAUGGACAGUGCAGAAGGCUUUGCUCGAUCACAACCACUUGCUCGCAAGCCCGGAUAUGCUGCACAUGUCAAGGUCGCAGCGCCGCAUCGCGGAGUCCGAUCGACAGAUACUGAAUCAAAUGCGGAGAGAAGGGAUUACGGCAGCGGAUAUACAGCAGGUCUUGCAGCAGUGGUCCGGGGGAGGUGAAAAUGUGAACCUUCUCAAUAAGGGUUCUGAGAACCAGUACCUUGAACCCAACUAUGCGCAGUCACUGCUCGAGUAUCUAAAGAACAAGCAAGUAGACAACCCUUCCUUCUUUUAUGCAGUUCAGUUGAAUGAUGAUGGUCGGAUAGCAAACUUCUUCUGGACAGAUGGCCAGGCUAUUGUGGACUACGCCUGUUUCGGUGAUGCCGUGUCUUUUGACACAACAUUUGAAAGAAGCAGGUUUGAAAUGCCGUUCGCUCCAUUUGUGGGUACCAACCAUCAUAAGAAAACCAUCAUUUUCGGAGCUGCAUUGUUAUACGAUGAGACUUUGGAGUCUUUCCUUUGGCUAUUUCAAACUUUCCUUACCGCAAUGUCUGGGAAGCAACCGGCAACAAUUUUGACAGAUCAAUCUGAUGAAAUAUCGAAGGCUAUUAGGUCGGUGUUUCCAAACUCAGCUCACCGUAUAGGUUUGCAUCAGAUCUGUCAUGGUGCGUCUAAGAACGUAAAUCAUGCAAUAUGUAACCAUCCGCAAUUUCUGUCUGAUUUUAAGGGAUGUGUGUAUGAACAAAGGUCUAUUGCAUCCUUUGAUUUGAAGUGGAAGGAGAUGCUAAGUACGUAUAAUCUAGAAGGUAACGCGUGGAUGAAGAAUUUAUAUGCAAGCCGUGAAAACUGGGCUGCUGUUUAUUGUCAUGAUUCAUUUUACGCUGACAUGAUGUCGACUCAAAGUAACAAAGGCAGAAAUAGCACGUUUGAGAAAUUUCGAAGGAAACUUUGUCUUCCAGAAUUCUUAGAAGAGUAUGAGAAGUGCAUAACUAGUCUUCGCCACAAUGAACUCGAAGAGGACUAUAAGUCACGCCGUACCAACCCAGUUCCUUAUUUUCAUGAUUUACCUAUGUUGAAAACAGCUGCUGUAUCGUAUACAAGAAAUUUGUAUUCUGAUUUUGAAGAAGAAUUCAAAAAGUCGUUAACUCAGAAUUGUACACUGCUGUCGCAAGAUGGGACAAUUAGCACUUACAAGUUUAUGCCUGCGAAUUGCGAAGGAGAAGCAUAUGCUGUUUUCAAUUCUGACGAUGUGACUAUAUCAUGUUCUUGCAAAAUGUAUGAGCGCACAGGUAUCCUAUGCAAGCAUGCGCUAAGAGUCUUUAACCUUAGCAAUGUUUUUGAAUUGCCAUCUCACUAUAUAUUUAAAAGAUGGACAAAACAGGCGAAAGCUGGAUUGUUCUGCUGCAGAGCCAGCGACCAAAGUGGCGCAGAAAGUGUAAUGUCAAGGUGUGCACGCAUUUCUCAGAAGGUACAUUCAGCUGCACUGAGAAGUUCAAUGUCUGACGAUGCACUUCAGCUUUUGGAGAGUGGUGUAGAUAGGCUGCUUUGGGAAGUAGAAAAUUCAUCGAGUUCGACGAGCUUAGAUGGGAAUGAUAUCCGUGAAGCUCUUGAGUCAUGAUUUUUGCAAUGGUGCAAGGACAGCAGAAAAUUAUUAGAUAGUUCAGGGACCUACACACUUUCUCAGAAGUAUGGACGUGUAAUGUCAAGGUGUGCACGCAUUUCUCAGAAGGUACAUUCAGCUGCACCGAGAAGUUCAAUGUCUGACGAUGCACUUCAGCUUUUGGAGAGUGGUGUAGAUAGGCUGCUUUGGGAAGUAGAGAAUUCACUUUCUCAGAGGUAUGAAAGUGUUCUGGAGGAGAAACGGGCACAAGAAAUGCACUGAUGGAAAAUAAGGAAAACUGAAACAAAUGUAAUUGUUCCAACCCGUUCCAUAUGGUGCAUCUUCUGGAGUUCUUAGUAUAGCAUUUGUGCUCACCCACAGCAGCUUCUACGGAUCUCUUUACUUGGUGAUGAUGGCUGAUAACCAACAUUGUACCAACAUUUCUGUUGCAGUGUUCGUUCUUUUAGUUGUGAGCAAUGCAGUGUCUGAUAAUACUGUAUUUUAAUGUGUAGAUUGUUAUGCCAGUGAAAACAGGGUCCAGAUCCCAUUCCUCCAACUUUGUUGCUUCGUAGUUCUUACUGGUGGGUGUCUGAAUCUGUAAAAUGUUCUCUGGCUACUCUUCUGUAGUUUGACAGUUUCAGCAAUCGAUGGGUGUGGUGCUUGUUA